AUGUACGCAACGCAAGGCUUCACCGAUUAUCAAAAUUUCUCUUCGGAGCCUUACAAUAGUAACACAGCCGAGGGGGAGUAUGCCGAAUUGCAAACGUUGGUUAUUGAUGGAGGCCACGCGAAUGGGGUCUCUGCCCUUCAUUUUGACAAUCGAGAAGAACUUCUCUGGACUGGUCUUGACACAGGCCACGCAACGAGUUUCUUUUCCUCCGCUUUCACCAAAUACACAAGUUUCCAGGUCCAUGGAGUGAAUCAGCGCGUAAGUGAUAUCCUUUCCGUUGGUGAAGGAGUUUUAACUCUCGCGCCAAAUAGCGUUACCUUUUCCCAACGAGGCGGAAUCGCCAAAUGGACGGUCAGUCCAGCAGAGCUUGCAAACGGCUCUGCAUUCCACUAUGGCCAGCAUCCAGGAACAACCGUUCUUGUCGGCGGAAAGUGCGACAAGAUUUUCGAAUUAGAUAUUACAAAGAAAGGACGGACGCUUCGGACGAUUGAUUCUAAAUCUGGUGGAGUUUCAUUGGGAGAGUUCCGAACUUCUCAAUCAAACACGCGAUAUCUCUACACGGCUGAUCACAAGGGUAGUAUUCACUGCCGAGAUCCAGUUUCUCUUGCGACCCAGCAUACUCUUUCUUGUCCUUUUGACGCGAUCACGGACUUUGAUGUCUGUAGCAAUCUUCUCGUCACUUGUGGCACAUCCGAAACCACUUCUGCCAAUCGACCCGGUGGCAUGCACCAAGUUCAAACAAGAUUCGUACAAGUGUACGACUUGCGAAUGAUGAAGCCGGCCGCGCCACUCCAGCCAAAGUUUGAUCCUCGUUUUCUUCGUUUCAUUCCUUCCUUCACAACCAAAUUGCUCAUUUGCUCAUCCAGCGGCGAUCUGGUUAUUGUAGAACCGUCGGACAUUAUUCCACCCACUGCCCAGUAUUACAAAAUGGACGGAGCCGGCGGCACUUUCACAUCUGUUGCUUUGUCCAGCUCAACUCAAGCCGUUGCGUUCGGAACGAGCACAAGUUUGGUGCACGUUUGGUCAAGCAGACAGCAGCCGCAAUUCAAUCAAAUCUACCAGGAAACUGAAUGGCCUCAACACGACAAUACAUCGUACACCCAGAUCUCAAUGACUGACGAGAGUACCCCCUUCAGUAUGAUUCCUUCACACUUUCCGCAACAGGAGGAGAAAUUGCUGUCCGAUUGGCCAGCUGAAUUGACUGUCAAAAAAUCCUACAGACCAAGACCAAUUGAUCAGGAAAUCAUUAAUUCGAUGAACGUGAUCGAGAAGAUUGGAUACGCUCCUAAGCCCGUUAAUAUGAAGAAAUUUCAAUUGCCCUACAUUAUCCCGAACGAGUUUGGUGACGAAAAUCACCUGACCGUCACACGCGAGGGAGUAACUCCCCAGAAAUACCGUCCCGUGGAAAUGACUUUUGCACAUUUACCCAGUGAGGAUAGGCAGUCAGAAAUACAGAAGUACAAUACGACUAAGUUUGUUGGCUUGGAGCCUCAUAUCCCGAACACCUACUGCAAUAAUAUGCUUCAGGUGCUUUAUUUUAUCAACCCUUUGAGGGCUGCGCUUCAAAGCCAUUGUUCGAUGAAAGAGACAGAUUUAUCUGCUGAGCUAGGAUUCCUCUUCCAUCUCCUUGACAAUCAAGAAGGAGGAUCAGCACCCGCAUCAAACUUUCUUCGCAGCUUCCGCGUGUCCCCGCAGGCGACGGCCUUGCGCCUUGUUCUUACGAAUGGAGCAGGUUCUGCAGAUGUUGCUCGUCGCCACGGGAAUCUUGGACGACUGAUCCAAAGCUGGAAUCGAUUUAUUUUGCAGCAAAUUCACACUGACACAAGCAAAGCGGCUCCGGCUGACUCCGAUGAAGAUCGAAAGGAAAAUAGAAGCAGAAAAGCAUCUGAAUCAACAUCAACAGAUUUCAAGCCCUCCUCGGAUGCAGAAGAAGCCAGCCUUGUUCAGCGAUUUUUCGAGACAAGACAGGAAGUUACAACCAAAUUCAAGUCAGGACACAGUUCGAGUCAUGAGGCCAGCUCAUUUCUCUUCAACAUCGAUUGGCAUCACUGGAUCAAUCCGAAGAAUUAUUCAAAGGACUGGAAAACGACGGCGAUUUCGUUCGAAUCAGUCGUCAAAAAAUCCAUCUGGCUUGAAAUCUACACAAAGAGCUGGUGCGAAGAAACUCAAAAUUAUCAAAUGGGUCAGCAAACUAGACGGCCACUUUCGUUACCUGAUAUUCUUGUGCUGAAUUGUAACCUCGACUCUACCGCAAAUGAGGAGUUCUGGAAAGUGCAGACAGAGCUCGCUAAAGCUGAGGGGAAGGAUUCUUGGAUUGCGCACAAUCUCGUGCUAGACUUGGAAGGCAAGUCAGUAGAGUACGAGCUCUACGCAACUUCUUCCUUUAUCCGCGAGUCUGGCAACCCAAUCGGAAAUCUUAUAUCGCAUGUAAAGGUUUCCAAGUCUUUCCACGAAAUGAAAGGAAUGACGCCCAAGGACCAGUGGUACCUCUUCAAUGACUUGCUUAUCAGUCCCGUUCCCGCCAUUGAAGCUGUUACGUUUGAUUUGACGUACUCUACUCCUUGUGUGCUUUAUUUUGUUAGGAAGAACUUUGAGAAAGAUCAUUCCAAUGAGGUCAACUUUCCUCUUGACUCAUCUGUUUUAUUGCCGACCAAGUCAAUCUCAAAGUUGACGAAGGAGCAUCAACUAUUUACUCCUCUCGAUCCCGAUGAGCAUCCGAAAAAAGGAACACUGGUUGCGCUCGACUGCGAAUUUGUUACUUUGAACGCAGAAGAAACCGAAUUGAGAUCAGAUGGGACGAACGCAAUCGUGCGUCCCUCUCAUUCAGCUGUAGCUAGAGUGACUGUCAUUCGCGGAGAAGGCGCGAAAAUUGGACAACCUUUCAUUGAUGACUACAUUGCUACUUCUGAGCAAAUCGUUGACUAUCUCACCAAGUUUUCUGGAAUUCAGCCGGGUGAUCUUGACGCUGCUAUCAGUUCAAAAUAUCUGGCGACUCUGAAGGCGACAUAUUGCAAAGUGCGUUACCUUGCCCACGUCGGCGUCAAAUUCGUAGGCCAUGGUCUCCAAAAUGACUUUACCGAGCUGAAUCUUUAUGUUCGCCCGGAUCAAAUAAUCGACACAGUAACGCUUUUUCACUUACCAAGAAAGCGGCUUGUGUCACUGCGAUUCCUUGCGUGGUUCUUUUUGAAGAAGCGAAUUCAAGAAGGCGUCCAUGACUCUAUCGAAGACGCAAGAACUGCGUUGGAAUUAUACAAUAAAUACCUGGAAAUCACCUCGCAAGGUCGAAAGACACAGGAGUUCCGCCUCUCAACCCUUCGCAAACUGUACGAAGAAGGCAGCCGCCUCGACUGGAAAGUUCCCGACAUCAAUUCGCUCAACAUUAAAAUGGCCAAUGUUCAACUCGAAUAA